CAGGAACUGAAAAGUGCAAUGCUGCAUACUAGCUGAGCUUUUAAAACAUCUGUCUGUAUCUACAACACAGGGAAACAAUGUCAGAGCAGAGUUCCAUGCAGGACAGCUUACAACUGAAGCUGGAUCAGCUCGAUUGUCACUUUACUUGGGACAUUAGAAAGGAUGAUCUAGACUUAACAAAUGUCCUCAACAGGCUUGAGGAACAGGUCAAGAUGGGUCUUGGGAGGGAAGAAGGGGUUGCACGAACUCACUGUUCUUUAGGAUAUGCAAAAUGUCUUCUCGGUAAUAAAGAAGAAGCACUUACUCACCUGUCAAGAUCUGAGAUGCUCAUAAAAGAAAAGCUUGGCGACAACUGUGACAAGACUCUCAUUGUCACUUAUGGGAAUUUUGCAUGGAUAAAUUUCCUCAUGGAAAACUACACAGAGUGUGAAAGUUACCUGUUUAAUCUUCAGAAGAUAUACAAAAUGUUUCCUGCUGAGUCUGUUCCAGAGGUGCUUGGUGAGAAAGGCUGGGCUUAUCUUAAAUUCUCUCAUAAGUAUUAUGAAAGAGCUGUGGAGGCUUUCCAGAAGGCUGUAGAACUGGAUCCAGAAGAUAGUGAGUGGAAUGCUGGUUAUGCCACAGCACUGUAUCGCAUCGAAACUGAUCGCACUGAAACUGAUACAUCUUGUACUGUGGAUUCACCUGCAAUCAAACAGCUGAGACAGGCCAUUAGCAUCAACCCAGAUGAUGAUACCUUGAGAGUUCUUCUAGGACUUAGGCUUUUCUUAUGCUCCAAAAAGUUGAUAAAAGAGUCUGAGAAACUGAUGGAGACAGCUCUGAAUGGCUCUCCAGAAAAUCCACAUGUCAUCAGAUACGUUGCGAAAUUUUUCAGGAAUAAAGGAUCUGUCGACAGGUCCAUUGAACUGCUAGAGACAGCACUUCAAAAAUCACCAAACUCUGGUUUCAUACAUCAUCAGUUGGCAAUGUGCUACAAGACUAAGAAAAUUGACUUACAGAAAGAGAAAGGGGACAAGUUUCAGAUAUAUGAUGCACGAAAUCAGUGCAUAUACUAUUUAGAAAAGGCAACUUCCCUGAAGGAUUCUUUUAUCAUUGCAAUGUGUGAGCUCGCAAUUCAGUACGGAGAGAAACGUGAAUUGUCCAAGGCAGAGAAACUGUUUGAAAAAACAUUUAUUACAGCCAAAGAGAAAAAUGAGUGCAUACAUGCAGUACAUUGUUACUAUGCGGAGUUCCAGCAGUACAGUAACAGGUGUGAGCAUUUGGCUAUCGAGAAUUACAAGAAGUGUUUGACAAUGAAUCCAGAUAGUAGUGAGGGGAAUAGAAGUGCAUACAAAUUAAUGAACAUUGCCAAGAAACAUCUCAAAGCUGACCCAAACGAUUGGGACGCCAAUGAAAUACUGGGAUUAAUUUAUCAAAAAAAAGGGGAAAUGUUUGGGGACACCAAGAGCUAUGCAGGAACGGGCGAUGAAGAGAACGAAUGCCUCCACAACCUUUUUGAGAUUAACUGUAAAAUAUAAACAUCGACAAGGAUGCAUAAAUAUUUUAAAAGGACCUCAUUUGCUUGCUAAUGUGUGCAGAAAUCACUUGCGUGAACACAGAAAAUUGGAUAAAUUCAGAUUAUUCCAAAAGAGCAAGUGAGUUCACACACCAAAAUCUGCAUAAAGCAAUCCCAAACUAUGUCCACAUACAGGAAAAGAUUUCCAUACAGUCUCACCACUUUUUCUUUUCAUAUGCUUUUUUUUCCCACUCUAUCAUGCUUCAGGGUAUAUGCAGAAAUCCUAAAGGUAAUUUUAAUACUUUUUAAGACUUUUUAAAGACCUUCUCAGAAUAGUGUACCUCAUCGCCACUUCAAGUUCUAAUCAGUAUCAAACCUUUAACUUAAUAAACAGUUGCUAAUAAACAGUUGUAGUUAAAUCAAUGAAGCAGAACCAUGCAACAGGACUCAGAUAAGCUCGGAAGAAACAAAGCUUGAAAAUUUUGUGGAUGUUUUCAGCGACAGGGUUUAGCCACUGUUUAAACUCAUCUUUCUCCAACCAUGAGUACGCAAACUUACAUUUUGUCUGAAACGGGUAUGUUUGUACAGACAUCUUUAUGAUCUGUCCAUGCGUGAUCAUAGGGAGAACCAGAUGACCAAUAAUUCUUGGCUAGACAUUGCAACAACCGUGGGAAAGAAGUAAAGUUUAUAUAAAAGUUUGUUAAAACAAAAAAAGAGGCCAUGCAAAAGUGGAGACCCAGGUGGUUUUAAUAUUACAGAAUAUGUUUUCCACCAUUCAUAUGUGGUACACUGAUGUAUAUAUUGCAAUUUUGAAUUUAAAACAAUGUACAAGUUACAAACUAAAAUUAAGUAACUAUGUCUUUGAUAACUGGAUAACAAAUAUAUGAACCUAUCGGUUUACGGUUUUCUAGGCUUUAUUAGUGAUAAUGGUCAGGAAUGUUGGACCAUUAUUGCCUUUUUAGUUUAUAAGUAGAGGACAGAAACUAGCCAGACAAUGUGUGAAUUGUUGAAUGGGCAAAAUAAAAUAAAAAAACAUCAGUAUUUUUUAGUAAGUGUACUUUUUUUUUUGCUUUUAUUCUUGCCAUAAUAUAAAAUAUAAAUGUAGAGCAACCCAUGCUCUGUUGUCAUUAAGAUUUAACUUUAAUAGGAAUAACUGUCCGAAAUAUGAACAAAAGCAAGUGAUGCAUCAUUUAAAGAUUUAAAAAAUCUUGAAUGGUUAUAAAAAUCUUCAUAAUCAUUAUAAUAAAAUUUAAAAAAUAAUAAAAAACAAUUAGUUUAAAAAUCAUCAAUGAUGUUAAUGAUAUGACCUAGUUCCGGAAACUUUCUACUUCUUUGUUUAUCCGUCUGACUUUACAGUGGGUUUCUUUUGACCGCCCCCUGUCAUUUAAAAGAAUAUAUCAAUGACGAACGAGUCAAGUAUAAAAGCCUCAUCCUUUUCGUGAGGCGCGCGAUGCGGCGCCAGGCGAAAGUAUAAAUCAGCUUUAAGAUAUUUGUUUGUUUUUUUCUGUAGUUCAAUGGUGCAUCUAACCUGUCUUUAGUACUUUUCAAAUUGAAUACAUUUAUUUUACCACUAAUUUUGAGACUUUGCAUUUAUGUGUAUGCGUGUUUUUGAUAUUGCGAUAUAGGUCUUAAAUUUAAUACUUAAUGGUCUUAAAAAGGUCUUUAAAAGUCUUAAAUUUAACAUUAUGAUAUCUGCAGAAACCCUGGUAUAUAUCUAUGACACUUCACUAUAUAGUAGCCUACGAAUGUUUACAGUUAACCAAUUAGCAGGCUUUUGUAGUACUGUUACAGUUUUCAGUUUUUUUACUUUUGAAGGAUUCGGAUAUCUACCUUCAAAACUUUAAACUUACACAUAUUUGUGCAGUGUAUGAAUGUAAUGGUUAUUGCAUUAAAAAUGUGG